AUGAAACUGCCACCGACGCUCACAAAAUUGACACUCUCAAACAUUUCAAAUGUCGACCUCGGCGCCAUUCAAGCAACACAGUGGAGCGCGCUCACGGACCUCCGGUAUCUCAACGCACGCACCGCUAGUACGUUCGACCUGUCGACGGUUGUCCUCACCAACAGCGUCAAGUGGCCACAGUCGCUGGCAUCAUCGAUGUUUGCAAAUACCGACCUCGACUACAUUCCGCAAGGCUUGCCGUCGACGGUCAAGGAGCUGGCGAUGCAAGGCAACAGCCUCGUAGACCUCACAAACCUCCCUGCCAACCUCACGCUUUUGCGUAUCUCGGACAACCCGAAACUGCAAUCAAUCGCGCGUGUCCAGCUCUCGACCAAGCUCGAAUAUUUCGACAUGCGAGACUGCCCCUUACUGACCAGCGUCACGAUCGACACGAGUACGUUCGCGGCGCUCGACGCGCUUCCCAACGCCGGCGACGCGGACAAGGACGACGUCUACCGUGGCUUUGCAGUCAACAAAGACAUUUCGACAGAUGCCGCCGCCUGCUCGGCCACUAAGGGCACCAUCCAGCGCCUCUGGAAGUCCACGAGCAAGUACCUGGUCAACGUCUGCGUGCUGCCAGGUCCUCCCACAACAAGUCCUCCCGAGCCAACGUCCUCCAACACGGGCCUCAUCAUCGGUGUCGUCGUCGGCGUUCUCGUCCUCGUCGGCGCCAUCGUCGCCUUUCUCUUGAUCAAGCGCCGCAAGGCCAAGCAGUCCCCGCCCACACCUGGCUACUAUCGCUUCGACGGCAACGACACCAUCAACGACGGUCGCACGCUUGGUACGAAUGGCACCAAGACCAUUGGUACCAACGGCACGGGUGGACCGACGGCCGGCACCACCGGCACGCACCGGACGGUCUUCAACCCGGACCCGACGCUGGACGGGCCGAACGUGCCGUCGUGGGUGUCGGACAUUGGUCUGCAGUGUUUGCAGCUGCAUGAAGAAGAUCGUCCGACGUCUCUCAUGCUCGCGUCGAUGCUCAACAAGUGCCAUGUCUGAGCGUCACCUUAUAUUCGGCAUGACGUCAUAUAAUUCAUUGAUGCUAUCCUGGA